CUCCGACACAUCCAACCAAACUUUCGUAGGUACAUUGGUGAGGAAUAAAAAGGCAUGGAUACUAGGACUUGAAAUCGAAAUUAGAAUAGCCCGUCCAGGUACACCCAACAGGUGAGGCACAUCGCCUGCCCCGCGUUCAGGGCUUCCCAAUCAGUUCCACGGCGUUAUCAAUUUGAUUGAGCGUGGUUUCUCUUCUUUUUCCAACUCUGUACAACAAAAUAGCCCUCCAUCGAUCGUCACAUUUCUGCUUUAGCCUGUCCUACGCCCAGAAUGGCAUACAAUAGACCCUACAAUCCAGACGAGCUGCCGAGGUUUGCAGAACCUGAAGCGAAAACCAGCAGUUCCCCGAAACCAACACCGCCGAACCCCUCGCGUCACAAUACGGCGCCUUCUCAACCGUCCUCGUCCUCCUCCUACCCUUCUCGCUACGAAAGCAAGCCGCAACCUCCUUUACCACGUCCCGACGAUGCGCGCCGUAAUCCCACCCUAAGUCCCGUCCAGCAGCAGCCCAGUCACGGAUAUGGCGCCACAUCCCCUCCACCUACCGGCGGACCACGUCCUGCGCACCACGGCCGCCCUGAGCCCAGCUCGCGACCCCCUCCUUCUCCGCACCCGGACGCAGCCGACGGCGCAGACCCGACGCUGCUCCCACUCUUCCGCGCCGUAGACAAGGACGGCAAGCUUCAUCCCUCCUCCUUGAUAUUCCCGAGCCGACUCUCAGAACGCGAACUCUCCGCCGCCCUGGUCAACGGCGACUGGACCGCCUUCGACCCCCAGACGAUCCGCAUGAUGAUCCGCAUGUUCGACAGCGACCGGAGCGGCACCAUCGGCUUCUCGGAAUUCUGUGGCCUCUGGUCUUUCCUCGCCUCGUGGCGCACGCUCUUCGACCGCUUCGACGUCGACCGUUCCGGGAACAUCUCUCUCGACGAGUUUUCGAACGCCCUCGUGGCCUUCCGCUACCGCCUCAGCCCGGGCUUCGUCGAGCUGCUCUUCCGAACGUACGAUAAACGCGGCGAGGGCGUCAUGAGCUUCGACUUGUUCGUCCAGGCUUGCAUCUCCCUCAAGCGCAUGACGGACGUCUUCAAGAAGUAUGACGAUGACCGCGACGGCUACAUCACCCUCAGUUUCGAGGACUUUUUGAGCGAGAUUCUCAAACAGCUCAAGGAUCCCAUCAUCUAUCAGCUUCAGAUGAAGCAGGUAAUCGAGUCGGGUACCCAUCCUGCCAACCAUGCCAACCAGAAACAGGAGAGCUGGGAAUGGACGAGAGGACGGACUCCUACGCCCAUCUUCUUUGAUAUCCUCAGAUUUGCGACUCGUUACUCGGGAAGACGGAUACGCGUAGAUCUCUGUUGUGGCUGGAUAAAGUACCUUCCGUGGGAUGUGGUGAAGGUGGAAGACGUGAACGCUUUGGUCUCUGGACCGGUGUGGAUCAUCGGAGUUGUACCAUCCUCGGCUUUCCUGCUCGCUGCACACUGCACAUGCACACUGCACACUGCGAUUAGCUGUGGUGCUGUGCAAUUUGCAUUACGUUCCCCCGCAUCCCACCUCCCCUUUUCUCUGGCAUGCCGUACGGCCCCCUCUCCUCGCUCCUCGCUCCUCGCUCCUCCCUGGCGAUCGCGGACCGCGCCGCCCGUUUUUGGGUAUGAGCUAAUCAAAUCAGAAUGCGCCCAACGGACUCGGCGCGUUGCGGCCAAGCUCAUCGCAACGGCACCUUGUUUCCCACUCAUGCGUUUACCAAGUUUUCUUUUUGAUCGCCGGCUUACCUUUGGGUCUGGUGCUGCCGACUCUGUCCACGGAAUCUCGUCAUAUUCCUACUUGGUAGGUAUCCUGUGUCGACGACUCGACUGCCCGUUGCCUCGGUCGCAAACAUCAGAGUCGAGCCUCGAGAUCUCCCUCACCGAGGAGGGCGCUCUCCACUCACCCCUCGCCUUUUUGUGCUUUCCCUCUGGACCGUCUGAAACUGGCGUCCCCAUCCCCAUGUCGGAUGUCCAGAGAAGAAAACCACAAGAGUUCCACAAGUUAAUGAGUGAUCUGAACCAACACUACAACUUACGGCUCCAAGUUCUCGACCUCACCCUGUCCCCGCGCAAGAGGAAAGAGCGGAUCACACGGGCAGGAGAUGAGGAACAAAGGGUCGAUCUGAUUUACAAACACCUGCACUUCCUCUACUUCCAACAUCGGCAUGUCCUCGAUAGCGCCUUGGCCCACCGAUGGGUUCUCAAGCCUCGUGCCGACCGCGACACUUUACCCACUUCGACGGCGCCGUGCCCGCCCCAAGCCGUCUCGCGAGCCGAUUCGUAUGAGCUGCAGAAGACACUCCUCCACCUGCUCAGUGGAGCUCGGGCAUCCGUGCUGGCAAAGCCGCUUCCCGCCGAGUCUCCGCCGAACCCCUCUCGUCAUGGUCGUCCGAAGCCGGCGAAGAGAACUUCAGAUGACUUUCCCUUGAACCCCUUACCUAAACGAGCCAAGCCCCCCGACGAAGAUCAUCAUGAGCCAGACAUUCUCGACGGGCCUGUCCAGACAAAGGCGAUCUCGCACCUCUCCUUGGCCCGGCAUAGACUGUCUCCCACGCCCAUGCGACGAACCGUUUCCAUUUCCCGCAGCUCUGUCAACACAAGUAGAGCCACCUUUGUCUCCGACGUAUUUUCACAGCGGGAGAAUGAAGGGCCUAUCUCCGAUAGCCAGACGACGGUCGAGGCGGGUUCCCAGGAGCUGAAGCGUGCCCAUCAAUACACCGCCGCUCCCGGCUCGUAUGAUGCGUCCCCCGACUUUGAAGCUGAACUUUCCACCACGUUCGAGACGAGGGUCACUCGAGGUUUUGCAAAGAACAAUAACUCACCACGCGGAGAAUCCUUCCGGGAUGACGGUACAAGUGUCAAUGUUGAAGAGGCGGCCCCUUCAUCACCUGGGUCUGACCUGCUAGACGAACACCAGCCCCAUAUCUGGUCCGAGAAGCUGGCUGCCUUGGAAGAUCGUCUGAGGAACAUCUGGCCUCCGCUCCCGUCGUUCCUCAAUGGUGCGCCCUUGGUUGUGAGCUGGGAAGUCACCCGUAUCGCGCUGCAUUGCGGCGUUCGUCUUCAAGACCUGGACGACCUGGCCCUCGGGAGCUGUUGGACCGACCAAACACAGCUUCGGGGCGCUCUCCGGCGCCAUCACCUUUUCGCCGGCAAGACCUUCCCCGAGUCCUGCGCAUCGAACGCCUGGGAUGCCUGUCACUCGACGUUCCAGGCCGAAGGUAUGGGGGUCAGUCUUGUUCUAGAGCUGGCAUGGAAUGAAGCGAGCCAUGGGCCUCUUUUUACCGUUUCUCUUCAACCGCCCAAGCUCGAUCUCGCUCACAGACUCAGCCGCCGGUUCGGAUCUGAUCGCUUCCUAGAGAUCAUUAUCCCGUCCCCCAACGCCCGAGAAAGACCCAACUUCAUCAAGGACAUGGACGGCGCUUCGGACGCCAUCAUCAAGUGGCUCGCGACACAGAAACAUUUCGUAAUGGGGCGGCAGUGGGCUGCUUUUUUUACCAAAUACUUCAAGAAGACCGUCAAGGAUCGUCUCCAGAGAGAGACCAUGACCAGCAUGGAGCGCGUCCACUGCUUCGCUGAGGACGGCCACUCGUUCUACCCCAGCCCUUCCAUUCCCAGCAAAGCAGAAGCGACCCAAAUCCGCGACAGGGCGAGACUGAACCUUACCGACAUGCUGAACUGGGCCAUUUCGCUCCGAGACAAUAUGGGCCAGCCUGCUCUCAAACUGUUUUCGCGAUUGGCGUUAUGCCUCACUCGAACGCACCCGACUGUGGUUCUAGAGCCGAGCCAAAUUCGUCAUCAGCCAAAAGAUAUCCUGUCGCCUACGGGGAACGUCAUGAAUGACGGGAUCGCCGGAAUGUCGCCGGCUUUGGUGAGGAGGAUCCGAGAUCACCUGGGGCUUCAGGACACUCCGACCGGUUUCCAGGGGCGGUUUGGCAGCGCCAAGGGCUUCUGGAUACGCGAUGACCGAGACACCAGCGACGAUAUUUGGAUAGAGACAUUUCCGUCGCAGCGCAAAUGGGAGUGCGACUUCGUCGACGAGGACCACCGGACCUUCGAGGUCAAGUCGCCAGUGCGAGAGCUCAGACCUGCUGCCCUGAACAUGCAAUUCAUUCCUGUCCUCAUCAGCCGGGCCAAUGACGCCAGCGACAUGCAAAGGGCCAUCGCCAGGUGCCUGGAAAAGUCGCUCGAUGAAGAGCUGGAGCGGCAACGUUCGUCGAUGAAUGAUCCCCUCGAGUACCGUCAGUGGAUCCACGAGAACUGCUUCGGGGCGUAUCGAAACGAGCGCCUGAGACACGAGCAAGUCAGAUUUCUUGCCGGCUUACCAGAUAACGAGUCCGAGCGGAUUAACUUCCUGCUCGACGGGGGCUUUCACCCGAGAAAGUUGAAGUAUCUGCAGGACUUGUCGUGGAAUCUCGCGAAUCGCAUGGGAGAUGCUCUCAAGACGAAACUCAACAUCAAAAUCGGAAGAUCUGCUUACGCUUACAUGGUAGUCGACUUCCUUGGUGUGCUUGAGGAGGGAGAGGUGCAUUUAGGGUUCUCGUCCAAAUUCGAGGCGGACGACUUCUCCGACACCCUCCUGCACGGGAUGGACGUAUUGGUAGCCAGGGCGCCUGCGCACUUUCCUAGCGAUAUCCAGCGCGUCAAGGCGGUUUUCCGCCCCGAGCUCCGCGGGUUGAAAGACGUGAUCGUGUUCUCCACGAAAGGGGAUCGAUCCCUAGCCGACAAGCUCUCCGGAGGCGACUACGACGGCGACCAGGCUUGGGUCUGCUGGGACCCCACCAUUGUCAACAACUUCUGCAAUGCCGAUGUGCCCACCUGCCCGGAUCUUUUCGCGUCUGGGUAUCUUCGCAAGAAGAAUACAACGUUUCGUGAGCUGUUUACUCGGCGAAAAUUCAGCAUGAAGCGCGCCGUUUCCGACUUCAUGGAUGAAAGCUUCAAGUUCAACAUGGACGACCAACUCCUCGGCCAAUGUACCAACUAUAAAGAAAGGCUCUGCUAUCGGACGGGACGUAUCGACGACGACGCUGCUAUUCUGCUCAGUACCCUCGUGGACCACCUGGUCGACCAGGCCAAGCAGGGCAUUGUGUUCGGGUGGGACGACUGGGAUCGCCUGCGCCGCGGGAUAACCCGGGAUAAGUUUCUACCAGAGCCCGCUUAUAAAAAUCCUACAUCGGGCGCCUCUCCGACGACGCACGUCCUAGAUGAGUUGAUGUUCAAAGUGGCCAUCCCGAAAAUCGAGGCGUCGCUGACAAGCUUCCACGAAUCCCUGGGGAGCGAGGCGGUAGACUGGGACAAGGACCUUGCGGGUCCCUACGACGAAUUCGAGAAAAUCGCCCAGGCCUCGCGAGCGGAUAUCUUCAAGAAAGUCAAGGAGGACCUGAGAAGACAGCUGAACCACGUCCGGGCGGAGUGGAGGCAGAAAAUGGGACCCAGCAAUGGAGACGCUUUUCCGGAUAAAGUGCAGUCGGUGUAUAGCCAGUGGCGGGACAUCGAGCCAUCGCCAGAGGCGAAGAAAUCUAAGAGGAUACAGGCCAAGUGGGCUCUGCUCAAGGCGUCGACGACCUUCAAGCUCUUCUACUCGCCUCCUACGUUCGUGUGGAUGAUCGCCGGACGACAGCUCCAGUUCAUCAAGGGGAGUCGGGGCGGCGGUGUGACGGUCGUUCCACACUUAUACGGGAUGCUACGACCGGACCGGGGUCUAAUAGCCGGAGUCGUGGCCAAGCGAGAGGCGAGUGACGGGCGGAGCGUGGUGAUUGAAGACAUCGACUUCGACGAAGAGGGGAGGCAGUUGGAUGACGCCUGA